AUGUUCGCAAACCGGUACGGCCUCUCGGGCCUCCUGAAGGAGGGCCACCGGAGCUUCACGGGUAUCGAUGAAGUGACGGCGAAGAACAUAGACGCGUGCAAGGCGCUCACCGAUCUGACUCGUACUUCUCUCGGGCCGAACAGUUUGUCAAAGUUGGUCGUCACUUCGCUCGGGAAGCGAAUCGUGACUGCUCACACCGCGCUGAUCGUGAAGGAACUCGAGGUCCAGCACCCCGCGGCGAAGAUGCUCGCGCUGGCGGCAGAGAUGCAGCAGCAGGAGUUUGGCGGCGCCGUCAAUCUUCUUCUCGUCUUCGCUGGGCAACUUCUGGCGCAGGCAGAGUAUCUCUUGAAGCAAGGCCUGCAUCCGAAUGACGUCGUGCGCGGCUACGAGAUGGCCGUCGCCAAGCUGCCUGCCUUCUUGGAAGAGAGCGUGUGCCACACACUCAAGAGUCUGACCGAUGAACAGGCUCUCGCUGAAGUCCUGGAGUCGACGGUGGGGACCAAGCCGCUGUGCGCCGAAGGUCGCCUCCACAAGCUCGUCGCCCAGGCCGCCGCAAUGGUCAUGCCUCCCAACAACCCUAAAGACUUUGACGUGGAAAACAUUCGAGUUGCAAAGUUGGUUGGAGGACGACUCUCCCAGUCGGUUGUUCUCAAAGGAAUGGUUGUCACAAGACCACCCAGCGGAAGUGUGGAGAGCAAACAAAACUGCAAGGUCAUGGUGCUCGGUUGCGGCCUUGAGUGCUCGACAACCGAGGCGAAGGGAACGGUCCUUGUGCACAAUGCCGAAGAACUGAAAAAUUUCACCAAGGGAGAGGAGAGACAGAUGGAGGAAAUUAUCAAAGGCAUCAAAGACGCAGGCGUCGAAGUUAUCAUUGUUCACGGAGGAGCCAUCAGUGACGUUGCACAGCAUUUUUGCAACAAAUACGAUAUCCUCACGCUGAAGAUCCAGUCCAAGUUUGAGACCCGCCGCCUCUGCAGAGCCCUGGGCGCGACCGCGGUCGUUAGGCUCGGUGUCCCCACGCCGGACGAAUUGGGUUCGUGUCUCUCCAUUUCCGUCUCUGAAAUCUCGUCGAAAAAAGUUACCAACAUUCUGACAAAAGACUCUCGCGUAUGUACCGUCGUCCUGAGAGGCAGCACUCCGUCAGUCCUCGAUGAAGCGGAAAGAGCGAUCGAUGACGCCGCCAACCUCGUCAAGGCUCUGACAAAAGAUCCUCGUCUCGUCGCCGGAGCAGGGGCAACGGAAAUGGAGAUGUCUAGAAAGUUUGCGGCGUUCGGCGCAACCCUGCCAGGCGUAGAACAGUACGCAGUGUUGAAAUUCGGCGAAGCCUUCGAGAUGAUUCCUCGCCUUCUCGCUGAGAGCUCCGGGCACAGUGGCACUGAGGUUCUGGCGGCUUUGCAUGCGGCGCAUGGCCAGGGUCGCGUUCACGACGGUGUUAACACAGACAUUAGCGUUUGCUAUCCGUCAGCCAAGAGCGCGGUGGCUACAGGUGCUCCUUCUUCGUUGACGGUUAAUGCUGUUGAAAAGAAAAUCUAUGACCAUCACAUGAUGAAGCAGUGGGCCCUCCGUCUAGGCGCUGACGCCGCACUGACAGUUCUUCGCGUGGACCAAAUCAUCAUGGCCAGACCUGCGGGAGGGCCAGCGCCGCGAGCCCCUGGUGCGCCAGAUCUCGAUUAA